AUGGUCGAUCAAAUUGGCCUUUCCACAAAGCCACAGGAUGAUGUUCUUUACCUAGCAGUGCUAGUAUACGGAAGAAGUGAUCAUUCACCUUGCAGUCUUGAUGACAGAAUUUACCUUGCCAAAACAAUGCGGAGCUUUGUUCCGUACUUUGUUCAGUCAAUGUCUAUCAGAAGCGACAGUGACCUCCCAGGUGACGCACAGACUUUGUGCAAAGAAAUCACUAACUACCUUGGGCUGAAAGCAGACAGAAAGGACUUGGAUGAUUUUAUUGAAGUAUAUCGGAAUCACUAUUUUCGCAACCCCUCGGUUCCGAAAGAGGCUAUUCUUGAAUCAUGCUUGCUUCAUAUUCUCAAGAUGCCUUUCGAUCUCGAUUCUUCUAUCACGCAUGGCUUAAUAAAGCAAUGA